GGUGAUCAGGUCACGUGAUCACACGCCCACACUUUUCAAACGCCAUGUUGCAGAUCUUUUCAGUUCAGUUUGAGUGAUUACCUCCCGCAGAUUCUUCAGUCCUAGAUUGAUACAGGACUGUCUCUGAGAUGACUGACACCAUGGAAGUUGAGAUGGAGACGGCUGCUACAAAAGAAGCCAUCGAUGACGCGUCCAGUAAAGAGGAGCCAGAUGAAUCAGGGCCACACAAACCCAGGAGCAGGUUAUUUCCUGGGGAAAUCAUUGAAGGAAAACGAGAGAAGAAGACAGUCCAGAGACUUAAUAUGCAGAUGGGUAAACCAAAAGAAAAGCUGAAAGUUGAGAGUAUAGGCCAUGGGGACAAAUUGGGAGACAUUGCUCGUGUCAAUCACGCCAUCGGAAAGCUCAAAGCCCCACAGCUGAAACCGCUUCACAAGAUUCUGUAUGAUCGACCGGGAGCAGUAUCUUCCCUAAGGAAACACUUGAGAUUGUUCAAUGGAUUUCCGUUCGAAAUCGACAGUGACCCUUACAACAAGAAGAAGGAAAAAGUGCUGAAGCUCCCUAAAAUACAACUCAGGACUAUUUGUCAAAUUCUUGACCUUGAGAGAAGUGGGAAUCAAAGUGUUUUGGUUGAUCGGAUCAUGCAUUUUCUUAUAAACCCCACAAAUUCAGGCAAGCCAGUAAUCCUGAAAAAGAAAAAAAAGAAGAAAAUUAUGAAAGAUGCCAAACGAGAGAAGAAAAUUUCAUCUAAGAGCAAGCAGCAGCAGUUAGAAAGUGGAAAGUCGAAAGCUAUCGUUACUGAUUCCAGCAGCGAUGAAGCUGAUGAAGAAGAAAAUAAAAGUAAAAACGAGGACGGUGAAAAGUCAGACAGUCAAAAACACGACAGUGAUGAAAGUAUUUCUGAAGAAGAGGAGAACAUUGAUUCAGACGAAGGUUCAGAAGAUAAGGAUGAAGAGACCUCAAAGUCAAAUAAACCCAGUAGUAAAAAGAAACCCACCACCAAGAAGGCCAAUGACUCUGACCAGGCUGUAUCAGAUGAAGAUGAUGACGAUGAUGAGUCUGCUGAAGACACACCUCCAAAAAAGGUUAAAAAGAAACCAGUUACCCAGAAAAAAGUGAAGGCCAAGCCUGCUCCGAAAACAAAGAAAGCAGACAGCAGUAGCAACAGGAAAAGAAAUGCUGCAAGCAAGACCAAAUUGAAGAUUGAAAGCUCAGAUGAUGACGAAGAUGAUGAACCACUAAUCAAGAUGAUUAAAAAGCCACCGAGCAAUGAACAGUUGAAGUCCGCUGUCAACGACCUCCUGAAAAAUGCAAACCUGGAGGAAGUGACAAUGAAGCAGAUUUGCCAACAGGUUUAUGACCUUUAUCCAGACUUUGAUCUGACAGCCAGGAAAGACUUUAUCAAGGAGACAGUGAAGAGUUUAAUAUCCUAACAGGAGGAGGCCAUUUUUUAUCUGAAGAACAGUGUGCAGAGUUACAGAAGAGUGUGUAUAGUCAUCCUAUUUUCAUAAAUACAUUUGUUCAUUAUUUUGUCUUUUUAUUAUAUUUUUUUUGCAGAAUUAUCUAAUGUUUGUGCAUCCGUUUUGUAUAGCUUUAUAUUUGAGAAUACACCGCUAAUUUUGUAUAGUACAUGUACAUUUAUAUUGUACAUCACAUUUUACCCCCAAUAGAUUUUGAUGUACAUUUAUUUUUACUGUUAACGAAGCAUCUGACUUUGAUCUUAAAAAGUUUGAUUGCUAAUUUUGUAGUUGAUCGAUGUACAGGUAUUCUGUUUUCCCCAUUUUUGUUCAACAUGUGGUCUGUUGUGUUUUUUUUGUUGUUGUUUUUUUUAGUUUACAUUUUUGUUAUUUAUUGCUUUUCUUAUUCUAGAAAUGGUGCAGGUAGAGAAAUCAAAUUUACACAAAUUUCCCCCGACUAUAAAAGUUGGUGUGCAAAUUUAAAAUUUUUCGCUAUAGCUAAUUAGAAGCUUAUGACCAUUAAUUUAGAAUCAAGCAAACUACAUGCUGAAAUCAUCACACAUUCAACAAUAACAUUUUGAGCUAUGUGAUGUCAUUUAUAAAUAAUUUCACAUUUGAAGGGGAGAAAACACCACAAGUGAUUGAUUUGUGAUUCAAAAUGGCUGCCAUUACAGCUUUCAGCUAUGUGAUGUACUUUUGUCUAUUAUUUGGACAACAGUAGGUCAUCUGGUUGAUAUGCAGUUGGUUGGAGGGAAGUUUAUGAUGAUUUCAGGGUAUGAUUGGCUUGGCUGAUCAUUUGCAUUUAAGUGUAAAUUUGAUUCCCAGAGUCGUCCUUUGAAACUCUGUUUUAUUAUGUGAAUGAAUUGCAUAUGUUUUUGUUUGAUUUAUGUGUCUCUUAUUUUAUAUAUAUGUUUUGGAUAUAGUUCAAUGAUAUUAAGUAUUUUCCUCUGCAGAUUAUGUUUACAAUUCUUGUUUGACUUUCUGGUAUGAACAGGCAAAUAACUGCUCAACUAACACGGCACAUCAGAGAUGGAAUGCUAGCAUGUAAAUAUCUUUUUUUUUUUUUUUUUUUCCCCUCUCUUUUUUUAAAAAAAUAAAAAAAAAUAAACUGGUUUUAUAUUUAACAGGACACAUUUUCAGUAGCAAACAAAUUAACAACCUACUGCCAUAUGUAAUUCAAAAUUACAUUCUUAAUUAAGGUAUGCACUUCUUUACUAGGUAUGUGUAAAGAAUUGUCAUAAAUGAAACAAGGAAAUAAAAAGGUUUUUUAUUUUUAUUUAUCCCUAUAUUCUUCAGUAAGAGCUACAGUAACUGAUUCGAAUAGAAUUAUGUCCGCAUAUUGUCACAGUAGUGGGUCUAUAUGUAUUUUUGGAAGUUCUGGCAUGAUGAAAGUGUUAUUUAAUGCAAUCAGGUGCUGAUAUUUGAUGUAGUCAAGCCAAUACCUUUAAAUUCAUCCAUGGGUCCAGUGGAACCAACUACACUCUGAGAAACAAGGGUACUAAUCAAUAUCAUACAUUGUCACAGGGGUGUUAGCCUCAAAGUUACAUAUUCUGUCCCUUAAAUAUGUAUAGUGCCCUCCACUAAUAUUGGCCCCCUUGGUAAAUAUGAGCAAAGAAAGUUGUAAAAAAUUUAUUGUUUAACCGGUUGAUCUCUUAUUAAGAAAAAUUGACAAAAAUACUCUGCUCUCAUGGAUAUCAAACAAUUGCAAACACCUGAUCGUCACACUCAAAUGUGAUCUUUAUUUAUUUACUUUUUUUUAACAUCCCAUUCCAGAUUUAGUCCCCUUUUGCUGUUACAAUUACCUCCACUGUUCUAGAAAGGCUUUCCACUAGACUUUGGAAAACACAUGGAAAAUGUGAAAUAUCUUGGAAACAUCUUGUGUUGUCCUGUAAAAUUAUUUCCACAAAUAUUUUUACCUUUAGCUGAGAACAAAGUUUGUCACUGGGCUGAAACAAUUAAUGUUAGUAGUGGAACGUGCUAUGUUCAGGGACGCAGAGCUUUGACACGAGAGUACAUAUGUUGUAUUUGCAGCUUUGUUACCUUAUGAAAUGCAAUGCUCAAGUCAUGUUUAUUCUCGUAGUGGCGCUUUCAGCAGCUAAGGUUAUUCAGUGCUCGGGUGUUUGGAGAGAAUGUUAACUGGUAAGCGGCUGCCUAUCCUUGUUAACAUUAAUUCAGUAACUUGCUAACUAAAAUUAUAAGCCAGGUGUCGGCAGUCGGUAACCUAUGCCAUUCUUGACAGUAUUGAUAUGUGAAGGAGUAAUGGAAUGUGAAAGAGAUGAUAUUAUAUGUACUCAUUUUAUUUUGUUUUUUAUUUUAGAAACAUUAAAACACCUUCCAUCUCUAUGAUAAAUUGCCUCUGAAGGAGCCAAAAAGUGACCAAUUUCUUGGAAAUGUUUUCAGGGCCAGAGCAGAAUAUACAGCCUUGUGGUAACUGAUUAAAUAUCUGCUCACAUGUCUCAUGGACAAGGGGCAGUGGAACAAGGGUACUCUAUUAACAAAGAUAUGCUUGUUGAAAACCUUAACUCUAGUAGCACUGCACUUGGUCCAGGAUGCAGUAGCUGGGCACCCAGUGGGUGAAGUCCUGCCAUGAGGCCUUAUAUUACACUGCAAAGUUUAGCAAGGAUGAGAUAUGUGCAGGAUGAAAGGAAAAAGAAAAGCCCUCCAACAAGAAACUGCAAACAUCAAAGCAAAACAACAGAAAUUAAUGCAUAGUACUGAAAUGAUGAAAAAAGUGGGAGAUAAAUGGCAAUAAAAAACAGGACUUCACAUUACUGUCUAAAUCAAAUGCCUAUCAGAAUAAUGCUAUAGAGAAAAGCAAGGAGCUUGAAGCUCUACAACAAAGUCUUGAAAACCUAAGGAGCCUGAAGAAACUACAUUAAAAUCCCUGAAGUUUAAUAUGACACUGACCGAUUGAUUAUUAAUACAUAAUAGUUUUGGCACCGAAUUUUGGAUGUUAUUUAGUUAUAUAGGACUUCAUAAGUUAGUCUAUGCAAUUAGUAGGUAAAAUAGAAGCAGAUGCUUUUUGUAGACUCAUGCUUUUACUCUGCCUUUUUUUUAUUUAAGACUACAGUUGGAGGAAGAGGGAAGGGAAGGCGUAAAAGAGAAGGGGCUAGGCAGUCAUUGUAGUCGUGAUGCUAAUAAAGCGAUGAGUUUAACAUCAGAAGCUGUGUGUGUAUGAGGGAGAGAAAGAGAGAUUUUCAAGAGCUCAUAUUAAAGAGCUGAUUUCAUAGGUACAUCAUAGCCAUUAACUGUACGUAUUUUAAAGACUUCUGUACAGAGGAAUGCAUUACUUUAGGGCAUGAUCCUUUUAUUUUAUUUUCGUUGUAUGUUAUUGAAAAUGCCUUGAAAAAGAAAUUAUCUCUGAAAAAGAGUGGGAACCCUGAGCAGGUUUGGUCCUCUUCAUUCCAGUGAAGGAAAUUGUAAUGCUACAGCAUACAAAUACAUUCUAUACAAUUGUGUGCUUCCAAUUUUGUGGCAACAGUUUGGGGAAGGAACAUAUAUGGGUGUGAUGUGAUCUGACUACACGAAUCCACUGGCUGUAAGCACCUAAAAAUGCUUACAUUAUGUAGUGCAGGGGUUCCCAAACUUUUCCAGGGCAAGGCCCCCCAAAUGGCAUUAACAUUUGACUGAGGCCCCCUUUUGCAAGAUGUCUUUAAAACACAUUAAAAAUACAGACUUCUGAAUAUAUCCCCCUUUUUUAAUUUUUUUUUUAUUAUUAAUAAUUACCUCUUUCAUCUUUACAUUAUAUUACAUUAGGAAUUGAUUGUGUGUGUGUGGUUGUCUCAGAGUGAGAAUCAUGUAUUUAUUUAUUUUUCACACCAAAUUGUUGAGGCCCCCCAGGCUUUGAAAACCACUGAUGUAGUGUCCAUGAAAGUAUAGUUGCAGAUUUCUGAGUUGCCUUCUCAAGAGACCAACACCAACUUGGAAAUUGUCUAGCACUUUCUCGUGUGUUAGUCCCUGAUUAAAGUAAAAACUGAUGCGCUUAUCCAUGAUGUACAUCAUGUAUUCCUAAUCUUUUUGACACCAUGAGAAAAAUAAAUUGUUCACUUCAGAAAACAGCAUACUGACAUACUUUCCUUGCUCAGUCAUUUAUUUAGGUGCAUUUUUAGCGGUAAAGUUAUGGAAUUCAAUUUGUGUCGAAGGUCUUAAACAUAACUUGCCUAUUAUCAAACAGAAAAGUUUGGACACCCCUGAUGUAAUUGCAGGUACAAAACCUUACUAGCCCAUUAGGUGAGCACUCAUGUAAAAGAGCGGCUCAAACACAGAGAGGAUUAUCAAUUAAUAUGCAAAUUAG